AACCGCAUCAUGAGCCUGGUCGACCCCAACCACAGCGGCCUUCUGACCUUCCAAGCCUUCGUCGAGUUCAUGUCUCGAGAGACCACUGACACGGACACAGCCGACCAGGUCAUCGCCUCCUUCAAGGUCCUGGCAGGGGACAAGAACUUCAUCACAGCCGAGGAGCUGCAGAGAGAGCUGCCCCCCGACCAGGCCGAGUACUGCAUCGCCUGCAUGGCGCCCUACCCGGGCCCUGAUGCCGUGCCUGGUGCCCUCGACUACAAGUCCUUCUCCACUGCCCUGUAUGGCAAGAGCGACCUGUGA